AUGGCAUCGAUUGUGCGACCUUCUCUGCUGCGGCAGACUGCGCUGGCGGCUCGUUGCGCCAAGCCUGCCUUCCGAAGCAACGCCAUCAAGGCUUCGGCUUUCCACACCUCUACCCAGCGCUCUGCCAUUCUGCCUCCGGGACCUCUCAACGACCCUGUCCCCAUUCCUAACCCCAGCGCCGCGCACGGCUCCUACCACUGGACCUUUGAGCGCCUCCUCGCCGCCGGUCUCGUGCCUCUCUCCAUUGCGCCCUUUGCUGCUGGCUCCCUCAACCCCACCACCGACGCCAUCCUGUGCUCCGCCAUCCUCCUGCACUCUCACAUUGGCUUCCAGUCCGUCAUCAUCGACUACAUCCCCAAGACUCGCUACUCUGGCCUGCGAAAGAUCUUCUGGUGGGGCCUGAAUGUGGCGACCGUCACCGUCGGCGUGGGAUUGUACGAGUUUGAGACCAACGAUAUUGGCGUUACCGAGGCUAUUAAGAAGAUCUGGAAGGCAUAA